CCGACAAAUGUGCACUCAUGAGGACCCAGACCCUGAAUUGAGACACAGCCAAUGUUCUUUUUGCAUCAAAUAGGCGGGAAUUUCCCCGAGCGCGUGACACAACUUCGCCUCUCAGUAGACGAAGCGGUUGAAAGGAUAUAUAACGGAAGAGGAGCCUCACACGAUCGAGUUUAAGCGGCGACCAUGGCUGUGUGCGUUUCGAUUUGCGCGAUCCUCGUGCUUGGAUACAUGCAGCACACGGGGUUGUGCGCGACCGGUUCGUGCGACCACGCCGGAGCGAAGAUAUACCCGACACCGAUAAUUGGCUUUAUGGGGGUCAGCGUACAACUGGUUGGUUUUUUAACAAACCCCAACGAUAUGUUUUUUCACAACGAUCGACCCAGGUGGGCCGGCGAGCUUUCGUACCAGACGCAUAAAAGCGAGGAGGAUGAGGGCUAUGUCGUUACAAUCCGAUACCCUUCGUGUACAGACGCCGGCCGCUACUGUAUCGGAGGGGUCUCUUUUAUGCUGGAGAUGCGUCCACAUUACGGAGAUACCUACAACAACGAUGGAGUUCUGAUGUAUUCGGCACAAACGCCCGACGUCUCGAUCCCACUGAUAAACACCAUCAAGAUCAGUAAACUGGAAAAGAUUGGUUAUACAAAAGUGUGGGAUGUAGAGAACCAGCUGCUCGACCCAAACUGCGUUCUGGUGAACGACAAGUUCACCGGAUGCGGAGACACGCCCGAGUACUACUUGUACGAUGUACAAGAACUUCCUGGUAUGGACUGUAGCACCGGCGUGAUCCCCGAACCGAACCUUCCGCCGAGACUCCACGUACUGGAACACAUCGACACGAGGGUCGAACUUCCUGACAUCGAAGAUGAUCUCGCUGCAAUAUUAGAAUCCGUACGGAUGUUUGAUAAAUCUGCCAACAGCGCGUCCAUGACAAGCACACCGCCUC